GCGCCCCCGGGAGGGCGGGCCCGGAACCCGCGGCCCCGCAGCGCGUGCGAAGGUGGCGCCGAAUCGGAAGGCGCCGGAGUGGAGCCCCAUCUCCGGGCAUCAGCGACCGCGUUUGCUUGCGACUGGCCCCCGCUUUUUCGCCUGACCGCCCGGGGCUGCAGAGUUGCGUCAGGGCCAAUGGACUUUAUUGGUUUUGGGUAUGCAGCCCUUUUGACAUUUGGAAGCAUCUUGGGAUACAAACGAAAAGGGGGUGUUCCGUCUCUGAUUGCUGGCCUUGGCGUGGGGUUUCUAGCUGGCUAUGGAGCUUACCGUGUCUCCAACGACAGGCGAGACAUCAAACUGUCACUAUUUACAGCUUUCUUCCUCACCACCAUCAUGGGCGUGAGGUUUAAGAGAUCCAAGAAAGUAAUGCCAGCUGGACUGGUUGCAGGUGUAAGCCUCCUGAUGAUCCUGAGACUUGUCUUACUGCUGGUCUGAGAAGUCGAGAGGAAUGGAAAACGAAAACACGCUCUUCUUAUUUAGAAGCUAUGUUAUAUAAAAUAAAAUAUUUUAGUAUUCUAUUAGAAACAGAAGAAACAAUCAUCUCUAAAAGAAAGUGCUUUUGGGUUUUUUUAAACAAAAACGUUUAACCAGUGUAUUCUAAUUGUCAGGCACUACUUUUGUUAAGCUAUAACAAGUGUGAUAUCUUUGGUUUGCUUUGUUUAGUUUUCUGUAUAUGGCAUUCUUUUUAUUUUAUUUAUUCUUUUUUUGCUUUUUGGGUCCCACCUGGAGAUGCACAGGAGUUACUCCUGGCUCUGCACUCCGGAAUUACCCCUGGCGGUGCUCAGGGGACCAUAUGGGAUGCUGGGAAUCGAACCCGGGUCGGCCGCGUGCAAGGCAAACGCCCUACCCGCUGUGCUAUAGCUCCAGCCCCCCCAUGGCAUUCUUUUUAAAAGGCAGUUCCUGGUAUCCAUCUGAAAUAAGUUUGAAUUAAACUACGUACAGCUUAUCAGAUAAUAGAAUGCUCUAAGUGGAAUUCAGAGAAUGUUAGUGUAUUUAGUUGCCAUUUGUGUUAUCUUAGAAAUUAUGUUUUUUAUGUUUUAAUUGUAUUGCUGCCUGCAUUUUUCCUUGAAAAAGAUCCCAUUUUCUGUGUACUCUGUAUACUUACCAUAUGUUCAGUAUUCAAAUAAAAGACAAUCUGCUUUAAAUGUU